CGAUUGCGUUGAACCAGAAGCAAAAGGGCGAACGUCGAGCGAAGCAAAAGCAACGUGGUGUGCAUGAGGCAAGCAAGACGGGCAGAAAGACGAAGGACCAGCCUUUCUUGGCUUGGUGUGCCUUGCUGAGAUCUCAACAUCGAUCGCAUUUCCACCCACACCCUCAGCGCCAGCGACGACGACGGUCACGAUACAGCACACAUACACACACUCACACAUACACAGACACAGAUACACGAACACAUACACAGACACACGAACACACACAUUCACAGCAGCAAUGAUGUUCUCUAUCGCAUCCGCAUGCAAGAGUUCUGCUCAGCGGCGGGCAGCCUGCUUGCUCGUUGACGGCAUCACAGCCUCGGCUCGAGCUUGUGUGCGCGCGCAAACCAGUGCCACGGCCCGCAUGCCCACAGCAUGCCGCCACACCUCAGCGGCCGCAGCGAUGGUAGCACCGACCGCGCUGCGUCGCAUGCACACCGCAGCUGCCCUUGGCCAGCAAUCGCAGCCAGCAGUUGAGGAGCCCCACGUGCAACCUUCACAAGACCGCCAGCAGCAGCAGCAACAGCAACAGCAGGAGCAAAAAGCGCAGCCGGCGAAACCGAGCAACAAAGCAGGUCCGCCCUCGUUGGCGCUCAAGGGCAAGAAGAUGGUGUUCCUGGGCAGCGGCAAGAUGGCCGAGGCGAUGAUGGGCGGCAUGCUCAACUCGGGCGCUGUGGAGGCCACACAGGUGACGGCAUGUGACCCCAACGCAACCCGUCGCACCUUCCUCAGCGACCGCUUCCAUAUCUCCGCCACAGCCAACAACGCUGACGCAGCUAAGGGCGCCGACAUUCUCAUCCUCGCCGUCAAGCCGCAGACCAUGGCCAGCGUCUUUGACGGCAUCCGCGACACCAUCUCCAAGGAGUGUCUGGUCGUGUCCAUUGCUGCCGGCUUCACCAUCGGCCAGAUCCGCGAGGGGCUCGGCGUGGAGCGUGUCGUGCGCGCCAUGCCUAACACGCCCGCCCUCAUCAACCAGUCCAUCACCAGCUGGACGUUCACGCCGGAGGUGACGACGGAGCAGCGACGCCAGGCGAAGGAGUUCCUGUCCACCUUUGGCGAGGAGGUCCUGCUCUCCGAUGAACGCAUGCUGGACAUGGCCACCGCCCUCUCCGGCAGCGGGCCCGCCAUGUGCCAGCUCAUGUUUGAGGCCAUGAUCGACGCCGGCGUGCACAUGGGCUUCCCACGCGACACCUCCCGCAAGCUGACGCUGCACACGGUCCGCGGUUCCGUCAACCUCGCCCUGGCCUCUGGCGAGCACCCGUCUGUGCUCAAGAACGACAUCACCUCCCCCGGCGGCACCACGGCGGCUGCGCUGUACGAGCUUGAGCGCGGCGGCAUGCGCACCGUCAUCUCUGACGCGGUGUGGGCGGCCUACCGCCGCUCGCGUGAGCUUGGCGGCCUCGACUCGCGUGUUGGGCCCGGCCGCUCGCACGUGACGCCGCACCUGCAGCUGCCGCGCGAACUGGUGGACAACCUGCAGCAGGCCACGGAGGCCAUCAGCGCCGUCACCGAAGAGAUUGCACACAAGCAGUCGGACUGAUUGCGCAUGCGCGUGUGAUUCCAUGCUGGCGCGCGUGUGUGUGCGCAUGUGUGUGAUUUGUACAGUGCGUGCGCGCAUACCGCGUGCGCGUAUGUGUGGAUGUCUUGAUGUGACUGUGCAAAGGCUGUGCAUAUUUGACGUGUUCAGUGCGUGACAUUGUUGUUGUUGUUGUUCUUAUCUUCAGCAGUUGGUUGUUGUUACAUUACCAUUUUGUUUCUGUCUGUUACGUUACUCCCCUUAAUGAACGAACAAUAUGAGCUGUAAAAACGUUGGCA